AUGGCCAGGAUGGCGUGCCCCCCCGUCCUCCCUCUCUACAAACCCCGCGAGCUCUUCUCGAUGCCGGUCUCCUAUCUCCCCUCACAGAUCGACGGCGGCGCGUCUUCCACGCCCUUGAACUUCCGCGACUCGCCGUUCAAGCUGCUCUGGGCGGAUAUCAAGCUUGUCGCGAGUUUACUGCUAUGGGUGCCGCAUAUAUUUAUGCCCAUACGCUCGACAAACAAGUACUCGGAGCUGUACAUGAGUCGCGGGAAUAUGCGCGAUCUAUUUAUUCAUUGUGUUUUGGGUGUGUUGGGAAUCAUAUUCUUGAUUGUUGCGGUACCGUUGGCUAUUGCGGCGCCCGGGGGUGCAUUUUUGCUCUUUGUGGGGUUAUAUUAUGGCAUAGUGUGGAUAUUGUGCAUAACGUUGAGAGGACCACGGGUCGUCCAUAGCAAGUUUAAUUUGGACGGCUAUGCAGUCAAGCCCGAAGAGAACUGGGUCUUUAUAAAUGGUGUGGCUGCAGGCGAACACUGGUUGCAAGAAAACAUCGACAUGCUCAGCUCAAUAUUCAAACGGCCCGUGGUUGGCGUGCAUAACCAGACGUACGGCACAGUGUUCGACCUUAUGGAAUGUCUCGUCCAGCGGUGUUUUUCAUACUCCACCGAAGACACCCGUAUUAUCUACCGGCAUCUCAAAGGCGUGCUGAUGAACCGUGAGAUCACCAAAGUCGUAGUGGUAGCGCACUCGCAGGGGGGCAUCAUUCUCUCCACGGCACUGGACAGCUUGUUUGCCGAUGUUCCGAGCGACGCAUUUGACAAGUUGGAGAUCUAUACUUUUGGCUGUGCCGCUAAUCACUUCAACAAUCCCGUCCGCUACGUUCUCGACUCUAGCGCUACUUCCUCUGAAUACUCCACUAGCGUCAGUUCCUUCGCCACAGACUCGCAAACUACCUCCCCUGGCCCCCCCAGAGAGGAGAGAUUAAUCCGCCACAUUGAGCACUACGCCAAUGAACACGACUUUGUUGCCCUCUUUGGCGUGCUCCACUUCACGCGCGACAAGCUGUCAAACAGGUUUGUGGGGAAGGUGUUUGAGAACAAAGGGCAUGGCGGCCAUCUCAUGAACCAGCACUACCUCGACCGCAUGUUUGUAGACGAGGCGAGCGGGUUCUUGGAUCAGGUGGUGGAGAUCGACGAGAAUACUGCUAUACAGCGUGAGGAGGAGGCCGAUCUGGAAGGUGCUUUGAAUAGGACUGAGGUGGAGGCGAGAGCGACGCAUGGAGAGAGUAUGGCACACGGCACAGCGGAAGCUGCGGGGGUUAAAAUAGAUGCCUCAAGGUCUAUGGGGACCUUGGGGACUGGACAGACGAGGGGCACGAUGGAUGCUAGAAGGAGCGUGGAGAGACAAAGAGGGAAGACGGUGAGGGACUUGAGUAGGUUGUGGAGAUAUAAGGAUGGCAACUCACCACAGGAUUGA